AUGUAACAGGUCAUGUGGCAGCCGCCUAGGGACACGCGUGGGGUCUGGAGCGGGACACGCGUGUGCAGCUGGGCCUUGCGUGUGGCUCGGGGGGCGGGGGGCGAGAGGGAUGUGGACGCGAGUGGGGUGGGGCACGUGAGGGUCCGGGAAACACUUCCGAGGGUUCCAUAUGCCUCCCCCUCGUCAGGGGCGGGUCUCGGGGUUGGCGGGAGAGCACAGCCGGGACCAGGCGACGAGCGGGGGUAGCCCCCAGGGCUCGAGGCCCCGGGGAGGGCGGGGGGUGCGGAUUAGCUUUGCUGGAGCAGCGCGUAGGGGGGAGGGGGAGGGACUGAGAGGCGGGCGGGCCCGGAGCGAGCGGGAGCCGCGCUGCCUUCACCGCUGAGCUGGGCCCAGCCUCUCCCCUGCCUUUCCUCGGCCCCAGCUCCUGGCGAGCAGCGGCCUGUCUGAAGAGCAUGCUGCCCCCUCACUCCCUGCCUGGCCUCGCCAUCCCUGCUCCCCCAGCCUGACCCCCGGCCCCAGCAUGGCCCAGGGUGCCAUGCGCUUCUGCUCAGAAGGCGACUGUGCCAUCUCCCCACCACGAUGCCCACGCCGCUGGCUCCCCGAGGGCCCUGUGCCCCAGAGCCCCCCGGCCAGCAUGUAUGGCAGCACAGGCUCCCUGCUACGGCGGGUGGCAGGUCCAGGUCCCCGGGGCCGGGAACUGGGCCGUGUGACAGCGCCCUGUACGCCCCUGCGUGGUCCCCCUUCACCCCGUGCUGCUCCCUCACCGUGGGCAUCCUCUUCCCCCCCUGGGCAGCCCCCACCUGGGGCCCAGAGCUCUGUGGUCAUCUUCCGCCUUGUGGAGAAGGCCAGUGUGAGGCCACUGAAUGGGUUACCUGCUCCCGGAGGCUUGAGUCGGAGCUGGGACCUGGGUGGGGUCUCUCCUCCCAGACCCACCCCAGCCCUUAGGCCUGGUUCUAACCGGAAGUUGCGGCUGGAGGCGUCCACGUCAGACCCACUUCCAGCCGGAGGAGGCUCUGCCCUGUCUGGCCACCGAGGCCCCUUAAUCGGGCCCCCCGCCCCACCCCAGGUUGGGGCAGAUGGCCUUUACUCCUCUCUCCCCAAUGGGCUGGGGGGUCCCCCUGAGCACCUGGCCACACUAUUCCGAGGACCUACCAACACCGGACUCCUGAACCAGGGGGACACCUGGUCCUCCCCCGGGGAAGUCUCCUCUCAUGCUCAGAGAAUUGCUAGAGCCAAAUGGGAAUUCUUCUAUGGCUCCUUGGACCCCCCCAGCUCAGGUGCUAAGCCCCCAGAGCAGGCCCCCCAAUCUCCACCUGGAGUGGGCCCAAGGCAAGGCUCUGGGGUGGCUGUGGGGAGAGCGGCCAAGUAUUCUGAGACGGACCUGGACACGGUGCCCCUGAGGUGCUACCGCGAGACGGACAUUGACGAGGUGCUGGCUGAGCGGGAGGAAGCUGAUUCGGCCAUUGAGAGUCAGCCCAGCUCGGAAGGCCCACCUGGUACUGCUCACCCACCUGCCCUACGUCCUGGCCUGUGCCCUGGCCUUCAUCCCAGCAGUGGCAGUGAGGAGGAGGAGGAGGAGGCAGGUGGGGAAGAGGAUGUGGAUGAUGAAGUGUUUGAGGCCUCAGAGGGAGCCCGGCCAGGGACUCGAAUGCCCCUCAAGUCGCCAGUGCCCUUCUUGCCUGGGACCAGCCCCUCUGCUGACGGGCCUGACUCUUUCAGUUGUGUGUUUGAAGCCAUCCUGGAGUCACACCGGGCCAAGGGCACCUCCUACACCAGCCUGGCCUCACUGGAAGCCCUGGCCUCACCUGGCCCAACCCAGAGCCCCUUCUUCACCUUUGAGCUGCCCCCACAGCCCCCUGCCCCACGGCCUGACCCACCUGCUCCUGCCCCACUUGCCCUUCUUGAGCCAGAUUCUGGCACCAGCUCCGCUGCUGAUGGGCCUUGGACUCAGAGAGGGGAGGAGGAGGAGGCAGAGGCCAGAGCCAAGCUGGCCCCAGGGAGGGAGUCUUCCAGUCCCUGCCGCUCUGAGGACAGCUUUGGGCUGGGGGCAGCCCCUCUAGGCAGUGAACCACCCUUGACCCAGCUGGUGUCCGACUCAGACUCGGAGCUGGACAGCACGGAGCGGCUGGCACUGGGAAGUACAGACACCUUGUCCAACGGGCAGAAAGCAGACCUGGAGGCUGCACAGCGCUUAGCCAAGAGGCUGUACCGACUUGACGGGUUCAGGAAGGCUGACGUGGCCCGGCACCUGGGCAAGAACAAUGACUUCAGCAAACUGGUAGCUGGCGAGUACCUCAAGUUCUUUGUCUUUACGGGCAUGACUCUGGACCAGGCUCUCAGGGUGUUUCUGAAGGAGCUGGCCUUAAUGGGUGAAACCCAGGAACGGGAGCGCGUGCUGGCCCACUUCUCCCAGCGAUACUUCCAGUGCAAUCCCGGAGCCUUGUCCUCAGAGGAUGGUGCCCACACGCUGACCUGCGCCCUCAUGCUACUUAACACCGAUCUCCAUGGCCACAACAUCGGCAAGCGCAUGACCUGCGGGGACUUCAUUGGGAACCUGGAGGGUCUCAACGAUGGGGGUGACUUCCCCAAGGAGCUGCUCAAGGCCUUGUACAGCUCCAUCAAGAAUGAGAAGCUGCAAUGGGCCAUAGAUGAGGAGGAGCUGAGGCGCUCUCUGUCCGAGUUGGCUGACCCCAACCCCAAGGUCAUCAAGAGGGUCAGCGGGGGCAGUGGCAGCGGCUCCAGCCCUUUCCUGGACCUGACUCCGGAGCCUGGGGCUGCCGUCUACAAGCACGGGGCCCUGGUGCGGAAGGUGCACGCAGACCCUGACUGCAGGAAGACACCUCGGGGCAAGAGGGGUUGGAAGACCUUCCAUGGGAUCCUCAAGGGCAUGAUCCUCUACUUGCAGAAGGAAGAAUACCAGCCUGGGAAGGCCCUGUCAGAGGCGGAACUCAAGAAUGCCAUUAGCAUCCACCACGCACUGGCCACCCGCGCCAGCGACUACAGCAAGAGGCCCCAUGUCUUCUACCUGCGUACAGCUGACUGGCGGGUCUUCCUCUUCCAGGCUCCGAGCCUGGAGCAGAUGCAGUCCUGGAUCACGCGCAUCAAUGUGGUGGCGGCCAUGUUCUCCGCACCCCCCUUCCCAGCUGCUGUCAGCUCCCAGAAGAAGUUCAGCCGCCCUCUGCUGCCCAGCGCUGCCACCCGCCUCUCCCAGGAGGAGCAAGUGCGGACCCACGAGGCCAAGCUGAAGGCCAUGGCAAGCGAGUUGCAGGAGCAUCGGGCUGCCCACCUGGGCAAGAAAGCCCGGGGCAAGGAGGCUGAAGAGCAGCAGCAGAAGGAGGCCUACCUGGAGUUUGAGAAAUCCCGCUACGGCACAUACGCGGCACUGCUUCGGGUCAAGCUGAAGGCAGGCAGCGAGGAGCUAGAUGUCGUAGAGGCAGCACUGGCCCAGGCCGGGGGCUCAGAGGACGGAAUGGCCCCCUCUCACUUCAGCCCCUCCCUGCAGCCCAACACCUCCAGCCAGCCCCGGGCCCAGCGCCACGGCUCAGAGCCUCAGGCAGGGGCAGGCAGUGGGCGUCGGAAGCCCUGAGUUGGGGGUUGGAGCCCGCUGGGCACCUGCAUGACGUGGCCCUGCCUGAGCCCGGGCAGGCCUCGGGCCACCCACGAGGGUCUCCGGCCCAGGGCCCUACCGCGCCGGACGCGGUGUCCGGGGGCAGGGCAGGGCUGGGCGUGGGCCUCAGGAGCCUGGGCAAAGGGCCCCUCGGAGCCCCCCAUUUUUGUGAUAAUGUUUUGCACUUUUUCGUACAGGGUGGGCGGGGGCGGGAGGGGCCAGGGCCCAGGGCCCCUGGACUUUUGAAGCUUUUCUUUUGUGGGGGAGGCCUGACGACUUUUCUGCUUUCUGCCGAGACCACCCCCACCCUGACACCAGCAAUCCCCUCCGUCCUGGGGCCUGGCUCAGACAGAGGCCAGGAGUUGGGGCUGAGCUGGUUUUUCUUCUCUCCUCCCCAAGAGCUCACACUCUCUUCCCAGAGGUGGAGGAAGGGCAUCCCGGCCCAGGUCUCCGGCCUGUGAGGGCCCCGCGGGCCCACGGCCUGGCUCACGCUCCUGCCGUGGGUCCUGCCCUUUGUACAGCCUCCACCCCAUUAAAUCUGCUCUGGACUUGCUG